AAAAGUUCACGACAUCAAUCUCUCAUCACAGGCGAAUCAUUUUGUUUUUUCAUCGCGUCCACUGGUUCAACGUUAACCACAAUGUACAACAGUGGCCCACCAACACCCUCAUGGUCUCCACCCCCCAUCCAAGCACCCGUCCCACAACAUCCUCAACGUCCCGUCGGCUUCACAACUCCCCAAACAUCAUUCUCCAGCUCGCCACAGCUUCCAACUGGACAACCACAAGGUGCAGCGGGUGGGCCACGGGUAGCCCCCAUUCAGGCCAACCGCUCGCAAUCCGGGUACGGUGCUCAAUUCCCUCCUGCUCAGAGUGCCACGCUAGGCUACGCACCGCAACCAUAUCAUAGACAACCAACACACCAGGGAUCGUACAGUGCGGGAGGAACUGGCGGCUUCCAGGCACAACAAAUGCCUAGGGGAACACCUGGGCCAGCGGGAGGGAUGCAUCAAGGGAGUUUUGGUGUGGGAGGUUCAGCAUCCAAUGCGUACGUGAACAAUAUGAACCAACCGCAAGCUUCGCAGCACAUGGGCGGACAACAUAUGGGAGGACCUUCCCAACAGAACUACUUUGGGAGCAACUUCAUCAACGAGUUUCAGACUAGUGCAGCGGGGCAGCUGGGUAUGCAGCUGGGUGGGAAGGCCUUACAGCAGGCUCAGGAGAAUCUGAAUCAAAAUUGGAAUCGCUGGAUCAACGUACCACACUUGAAAUACUACUUUAACGUUAGCAACUCGUAUGUCUUCAACAAGAUCCGUCUCCUCCUCUUCCCAUUUCGUCAUCAGUCGUGGACAAGACUGGUCCGUCGAUCUGAGCAGAAUGGUGCGAUGGAGGGAUACAAACCCCCUCGAGAGGAUCUCAAUGCACCCGACUUGUAUAUUCCCGUCAUGUCAUUUGUGACCUAUAUUCUCCUUGUGGGCGUCCGGCUGGGAUUACAAAGUGCGGCAUCAAAAAGCGAUCCAACACAAGUGGAUCGCAAACUGUCCAAAUCCUUUUCACCAGAUAUCCUAGGAAUGACAGGCACCACUGCCUUCUUCAUUGUAUUUACCGAGGUCUUGUUUCUGAAGCUCGGAUUUUACCUCUUGAAUGUGACAACCGAAGUUCCCUUCUUGGACCUGAUUGCGUACAGUGGAUAUAAGUUUAUUGGGGUUAUCGCAACCCUGAUUGUGAAAAUCUUUUUACCCGCGAAUUGGGCAUUUUAUGGCAUUUUCGCAUAUAGUAUGGGGUGUCUAGCUUUUUUCACACUCCGAACCCUCAAGUACAUUAUGCUCCCCGAAGGCUAUAACCCUAUUGACCAGCCUACGCGACAAAGAAGAAUUCAAUUUCUCUUCCUUGUAGCCGGGGUGCAAAUAUUUUUGGCAUGGUUGAUGAUCGUGAUGAGUUGAUUGGUAUUUGGUUGCUAUACCAUUUUUUCUUUUAAUGAAAGGGAUUGGUUUCUUUGAGGAUACUACUGGUUCAUGUGGCUAUGAUAAUGGCCAUGUAAAGUCAGAUCCAUUUUGGUUAUCUUGGAAACCUAUAUACUAUGUACUCUGUAACAAAUGUUACGUUCUACACUGCGAAAAAUAUCUAUAUCUCUCGCCUCCUAUAUAAACAGUACGAAAC